GGUAAUCAUCAUGUUGAAAAAAAGCUAAACAGUGUAAAACAAAUUCAACGAAUACCGGAAUGGUGCAUGGUUCAUGCAUAAUUUGUCAUGUCCAUUUUGUCAUAAAAUGAAACGACUCCAUGUCAACUCUUACAAAAAAAAAAAUAAUUUAUGUAAGGAUGUCAUCAGGAUCUAGAGUGUCAGUAGAUGAGGGUGUUGAGCCAGAGGGAUCAAGCUCCUCGUUGACAUCAGUCAAAGUUCAUCGCUUAAAAGGGAUCAAAGACGGCCAGUACAGUAACCCUGUAUUCAAAAAGUUAUCUGUCAUCAAUGGAGAAAUCAACAGAAUGCCUAGAGAAGAACUUGUAUCAAAAUUAGGAGAAUUAAAGCUAGAUUCAAGAGGUGUUACUGAUGUUUUAAAGAAAAGAUUGAAGACUCAUUAUCGAGAGAAGAAGCUGACAAAAGCCCAUGUUCCAACACCUAAAAAGAGUUUACCAGAAUUUUUAAUGGUAAUAGAUUUUGAGGCAACCUGUGAGGAGAAUAAUGAUAACUAUGACCAUGAAAUUAUAGAAUUUCCUGUCAUCCUAGUCAGCUUACAAAGCAAACAAGUGGUUGAUGAGUUCCAUUCAUACUGCAAACCAAGGAUAAAUCCACAGUUAUCAGAAUUCUGUGUUCAGCUCACUGGUAUAACCCAGGAUAAAGUUGACAGUGCUGAGGAAUUUCCAAAAGUUUUGAAAAGGAUGGAGGAUUGGAUGAAAUCACAUGAUCUAGGGGCAAAAAAUAAAUUUGCAGUUCUCACUGAUGGGCCAUGGGACAUGAGUAGAUUUAUGUACCAUCAGUGUCGUCAAAACAAGAUAACAUAUCCACGAUGGGGAGGAAAAUGGAUAAAUCUACGUAAAGCCUAUUCUAAUUUUUACCAGUGUAGAAGAACGAAACUGAAUGAUAUGCUUGAAAAUUUGGGAAUGACAUUUGAAGGACAUUUACAUUCAGGACUGGACGACUCUAGAAAUAUUGCAAGAAUUGCCAUUAGACUUGCUGAAGAUGGCUGUGAACUGAAAGUCAAUGAAUACCUACACUAUGAUAAAAAUGAAAAUGCUUUCAAGUCCAAGCAUAUUUCUCCUGAUUCUCCACAGGGAGGUACAAGUGAGGAAGAAUUGAACCAAUCAAUGGAUGGUUUGCAUCUGACCAAUGAUGGAGCAGCUAAUGAAACAGAAGAAGUUGAUGAUUUAUUGGAAUAUUAUAGGAUUCAAAAAUCUUAACUUAAUUUAU